UCACCCACAACACCCACCUGGGAAGCGCGAAAAGCGGGCGGGCGAAAGCGGCACCAUUGCAGGAACCGCAGGGCGCUACCGAGACCCCCCAGAUCCCGCAACGACGGCGCAAGCGCGAACUGCUCUCCUCCAGCGCCAGCCUCCUGCCGCACUCCCACGACGGGUUCAGUCUCGGGCGGCCGCACGAUGAGGGGCAGUAUGGGCGUGGGCGUGGAUACACACAUCACCGCGUUCGGAGUGUGGGCGACAUCGAGGAGCUCACGAGGAUGGAGAGAAUCCUGGACGAGUGGACUCCUUACGCCUCCCUCAACCACGUGGACGAGCGGCACGACGGCCGGAAGCAGGGUGGUGGUGGGCGCGGUCGCAGCAUGGGAAGUGGGCUUGGCCACAUCACAGGCGGCGGGCGUGGGCCAGAAGGUCUAGCGCGGCCCGUCGACGCAGCGAGGCGAGGCGAGAGACAAGGAGGUGUGUAUGGGAGAGGACGCGUUGAAUACUCCGGCCACAACGCACCGUUGUCCAGCUUCAAAGGCUCGAGUGACUUCGGGGGAACAGGGAGCCUGGGGGUGCUGCACGAAGGCGAAAGCUUGGCAUCAAGUGACGGGCGGAGUAGGGAGAGGAAAGGGAGGGGAAUAAGCAGCGUGGAAGGGAAAAUCGCCAGAAAACGGGAAGAGAGGCAAUUGGUCCUGAGACCAAAGAGAAGUUACGAGUACCAGACGAAGUGGCUCUCCGAGGCCAACCAAAGCGACGAGGAAUACAGCGAGCAGCUCUUCCGCAAUGAAAAAGAUACGGAAAACGCAGGAUCUGCCGACGCCGGAGAACGCACUUCAACAAAGGGGACGCAAUGCGUUUACGACGAUAUCCUGAAGGAGAGGAAGUUGAUGAUGAACAAGAGUCAGGAGGACUUUGGCGACGAACACUUGUCCGUGAAACGAGGAAUCCGAUUUUAAAAAUCCGAAUAGCGACGAGUUGGAAGCAGAGGGACGAGGAGAAGUGCGUGAGAGAAGAAGAGUGGAUAUAUAGAGAGGAAGACACCGUAUGGGUUAGGAAGGCGGACCGAAACACUCGACUUAAAAACCAGAAGGAGAGGAUGAUGGAAGCGGAGAGAAAUAGUAUCGAGAGCAGAGAAAAAGGGAAUACUCGGCAACGCAUAUACGACACGCCAAGAGGGAUGAAAGACGCGGGAAAUUACUGGAGGAUUGGAUAUGGGGAAAGAGGAAUCGGAAAAGAGCUGAAGGUCGUGAGAAUCAAUGAUGAACAACUCACGAGCUUCUGAUUACGAAGCGGACAUUGUACACUUGUUUCAUACACCUGAUCUUAUGAAUUCAACAGUGCACUUUGUAUGUAUUAAGAAUGUACCGGUAUUGCUAAGAAAAUACUGUUAGAUUAAGAAAUGAUGCAGUUUAUUCAAUAUACAGUGUAAGAAUAUGCUUAUAUUAAGAAAAAGGGUCAUCAUUAACAAGGGCCAUUUAUGUUAGGCUAAUUUUGUACUUUUAAGUCAUGGAAUAUCAUUCAUUAAGAUAAAGGGAGAUGCUUGUUCUGAUCUUUUUUUCUUGAAAAUCUCGUCGUCGUCCUCCGAGUCACCAUUUUCAAAUCAAACAUAGUAAACAGGAUAAGUCAGGAAGAUUUGGAACCUAUCGGACUGAAUAAUAGCGUUCAUUAAAUACCGGGCAGUGUUCCUCAAUGUAUUAUAGCUUUACAUCAUUCUGUCUGCAGGUCAGAUUCACUGACUGUUAUCUCUCUGUUUAUAAAUGUGUAUUUCUUUUUCUCCGUUUUUCGACUGAAUUUAUUUUCAGCCUCUCUGUCUGUUUUAGUUGCUGUCAUUCCCUCUUUCAAAUGUUCUUCUUCCCCUAUAACAAGGGUUCUCAUAAUGGUCGAUGCUGAUCCUCGGGGACCAUCCAAGGGGUCGAUGAUUAGCCAGUGGGUCGAAAGUGGAUUCAUGAACAAGGGGGUUGCUAAAUGUUUACUGGGAUCGAAGGGAACAUUCAAGCCUCCAGUUUUAAAUCUUCCGGAAUAAUUUGUAAAAUCUGAAUAUCAGACCGAUUGAAAUUUAAAAUAAUUUACAUUAAUUCCUUGUAUUCGAAAAUAGGUUAAAUUUUCAGUAAAGCUUUAGAAGUUUUGGCAACACUACUUUCAACCAAAUUCCCCUACCAUUGUCUCUUUCACCUCUCCUAUCCGUACAGGAUAUAUUCCUGUCUGCGUCCCGUACUGACCUAGCGAGCGUAUCGUAAUUGUUUGUAAACUGAUUAUUGUGACUUAAAGUAAAAAUUAAUGGCUAA